ACCGGGCAAAAGUUGUUUUCUUUAAACACAGAAACGUAUGGCUGACGUGCUAUGAGUGGAAAUGCUUCACAGUGUUCAGUAGUUGGGAGGAAGAUGAGUUAGUGUAACUUUACCUGGAUGUCAGACUUUAUUUUAGUGUGCGUCAUGUCUUCAAACUCAGGCCGACUGACAGAGGGACAGUCCUGUUACCGUCCACCAAACCAACUCAAACUGAAUGGAAACAGAAUAACACUGUAACAACACGGAGGACAUGAAUUUCGGUGUCCCCGCUAGCUCGCUGCUGCUGCUCCGUGCCUGCGAUGAAGGGGAUUAUGAAACGGCCCGGAGCAUCCUGGAGCCCGGAGCCCCGAAGGAGUCCGGGCGGCAGAGCAGGCUGCGGUCAGAAGCGGGGUCGGAGUGCAACGCCGCCGCGGACAUGUUGUCUCUGGUACCGGUGGACUGCACGGACGAGGAGGGUAACACCGCCCUGCAGUUCGCCUCCGCCAGCGGGCAUGAAAACUUGGUGCGCUGUUUGCUACGAAAAGGGGCCUCGGUGGACAGCCGCAAUAACUACGGCUGGACCCCGCUGAUGCAAGCUGCGAGGUUUGGUCACCUGACGGUUGCCCACAUCCUCUUAGAGAACGGAGCAGAGAUCAAUGGGCGAAACAGGAUGGGUGCAAGUGUCCUAACUAUGGCUGCUCGUGGGGGGCACACCCAUGUAGUGAAGCUACUCCUGGAGAGCGGGGCAUACGUCGAUGACUAUGAUCAUCUGGCUGUUGCUGCAGAGGCCGUCUCCAAUGGCAACAACAACAACAGUGCUGCUGGUUUUGGAGGUGGUGAAGGCUGCACAGGAGGAGGCGGCAGAGAAUUCAUGGACAUCACAGCCCUGAUGGUGGCGUCUCAGCACGGCCACGAGGCUGCGGUGCGCCUGCUGCUAGAGUGGGGCUCUGAUGUCAACUUCUGCCAGAAAACCACUGGCUGGGGACCACUGAUGGUGGCCACCCUCAGUGGGAAGGUGGCUGUGGCUCAGCAGCUGGUGGAGCGUGGAGCUGACCCAGACAGAGUCAACGUACUGUCCAAGACGGCUUUUGAGCUCGCCAUGCAGCUAAAACAGAGAGACGUCAAGGCUUAUCUUGACUCCAUCACCACUGUCAGACCACAGACAGACGACGAUAGAAGAAGACCAGACGUGUUCAGUGCUCUCAAGUUGGGAAAUUCCCAGCUAGUCAAAGAGAUCUUGGAGGAGGAUCCCACUCAGGUGAAUUCAUCCAAUCAGGAGGGAGCGUCUCCUCUCAUGAUGGCGGCGGUGAGCGGUCAGUUAGAGGUGGUGCAGCUGAUGGUGGAGAAGAACGCCGAGAUAGACAAACAAGACGGCGUCCACGGGUGGACCGCUUUAAUGCAGGCCACCUAUCACGGUAAUAAAGACAUUGUCAAGUACCUGUUGAGUCAAGGGGCUGACGUCAACCUUCGGGCUAAGAAUGGAUACACGGCCUUUGAUUUGGUCAUGCUGCUGAACGACCCAGACACUGAGCUGGUGCGUCUGUUAGCGUCAGUGUGUAUGCAAGUAGACAAAGAUAAGUCCAAGCGCCGCGGCAGAGCUUCGCUGAACCGCUCCAAAAGCCGACACUCCAUCACCAACGUCCCCGUGCCACCUGACGACAAAGGAGGCCUUAAGUCCUGGUGGAGCAGGAUGUCAAAUCGGUUCCGGAGGCUCAAGUUGACUCACACCCUGAGGCACGGCCUUUCGUCCAAUCGCCUGGCUCCGUUUCCGGACGACUCCGAAACUCCACUGGACGCCACAAUGAAGGCGGAUACGAAGCCCGCCGGAGCGUCGAACGGAGCGUUGGCACCCGCCCCCACCCUGCCAAGCGACAGCACCGCCUGGGCAGUCAAGAGCAAAGAUGCAGGUCUUUGCAGGACAUCUUCAGAAAAGGAGGACUUCCUAAUUACCACAAUGCUCAGAAGUGGCGCCCCGCUGACCCGGCUGCCCAACGACAAGCUGAAAGCGGUGAUCCCUCCCUUCCUGCCUCCGUCCAACUUUGAACCGUGGAACUCAGACCGCUCGCGCCUCCUCAGGGAGGGAAAGAGCGAAGCGCCCCGCCUCCCCAUGCCACCUCAGAGGAAGCUAAACAGCAGCGGGAAUUCAGAUAUUACGUCUAUCAGUCGUGUGGUUAGCAGGUCCAUUAAGUUUCCUAGCAUCAACAAAGGGCCCUCCUCUUCCUCCCCUUCCAACUCUGGUCACUACCACUCCCCGCACUCCUCCGGAGGCUCCAAUGGAGUCGCAGGACUCAAUCGGGACUCUCACAACCGCUCAGGGGGCAGCGCAGACAGCGUUCUCUCCCAGAUAGCAGCCCAAAGGAAGAGAGCAGCGGGCCUGAUAGAUGUGAAGGCUCAAGCUCCAGAGAAACAGCACAGCCAGACGCAGAGCCCGCCUCCACUUCCAGCUUCAGCACCGGGCUUGCCGCUGCCUGACAUCAGCCUCCCCGACAUCCACUCCCACCCCAGCCUGGUGGCCUCCGACAUCCACUCCAGACGGAAGAUAGAUUUGAAGAAGAGACCUCAGUCAGGGAAUUCCUCCACCUCCAAGAGCACUUCACCCACUCUAACCCCGUCUCCUUCCCCAACACCCAAGCCUCCUGCUGGGGCGGGAGACUCUCUGUCUUCAGCCUCGUCACAUCCACGCUCCAAGAGCAGCGGAGGCUCCAGCAGUGGAACCAUCACAGAUGAAGAUGAGCUGUCAAGCAUCUUGAAGAAACUGUCACUGGAGAAAUACCAGCCUAUAUUUGAGGAACAGGAGGUGGACAUGGAGGCUUUCCUGACUCUAACAGACGGAGACCUGAAGGAGCUGGGUAUUAAAACAGACGGACCCAGACAACAGAUCUUGGCGGCCAUAUCGGAGCUCAACGCUGGAAAGGGCCGAGAAAGGCAGAUCCUUCAGGAGACCAUUCAUAACUUCCAGUCUUCCUUCGGUAGCAGCGCCAGUAACCCAAGACAACAAGGACAACCGCGCUCUCCAACUAACUGGAUGAGACACCAGGUUCGUUCGUCCAACAAAAGGUAACCCGGCACCGCCUUUCCAGGAGGUACACCAAAGGUACUUAAAAUAAGAGUGAAAUGCCAGUGACCUGUAGCCAAGGCACGGAUAAUAUGUCUUCUGGACACCAGCUUCCCAGACCACCAGAGGUUGUUGGUACAAGAGAACGCUGCAGCAAAACCACCAACCAGGCCCCUUGAUGAACUGCCUGUAUGGGACCCACCAGGACAACACCGCGUAUAAGUGUUCAUCUUAUGGAUCCUAAUGCAAAGGAAGGGGGGGGUGACUGAGCUGGCUGCUGCUAUUUGGCAUGGUAUUUGUUGCCAUAGUGAUGAUGCGGUUGCCACAUCUACUGCUACAGAGUGGUACUGAAAGAUGAGAUCAAAUACACAGCACAGGAAGAAAGAAAAAGAGAGAGAUAGAGAUUUUUUAUUUUAAUGGAAUGAAUGUGAAAUAAAACAAAUAUGAUGCAAGAGAGAGAUUAUGAAUAUAUCAUAUGAAUAAAGUAGGUAUUAGACUGUGACUGAAACUUUAAAGCAAAAGGGUGCACUGAACUGAGAAAGAGACAUUAGCAAAAGCAGCAUCCAGUCUGCUGCGCCGCCUUUUACUAUAGUGUGUUUGUCUUGAAUUCGUGGACCACUAUGUAAACAGAUGAUUUCUAGUCAGGACUGCGCCGACACGAAUAAAUAAACACGAUGAUGAUGCAAUGAGUAAAUGUUUUUUUUAACCGUUUAACAUCUCGCUGGAUUUGAGAUGAGAAGACGUUGGCAAAAACACUUCAGGAGCGUUUUUAUGAGCGGUAUAAAUUUUGUUUGAAAGAGGUGCAUUGAGCAAUAGUUUCCACUGGGCCUUUUCUGUGUUUUCCCAUCUGGCUCCACCAUUAAACGGGCCGUCUGCAUGCGGACAGAGGGAGCGCUAUAUCAUUCCCAAAUAUCAAUUCCUUGUAAUCCACGUCUUAAAUUCAGAGCAUGGGCAGUGUUCAGGAAGGGUCUGUUUAAAUUUGAGAUUUGAACCAUGAAUC